UCCGAAAACCCUACAACAGGGCGUCUUUAGGGGAUCUUGGCCACAAUACAAUAUAGUGAUUGUUUUAACGUAUACAUUGAAGACCAGCAGAAGAAAAUGACCAGCGAACCCGAGGAGGCAGAGGUUUCGGGCUUUGUUUCAGUGGUUACUGCCGCGCAGAGCAAGGGCGAGGCGGGAACGUUACUGGAAGUUACUUUCCAGAGGAACCCCUGUCAAAAAUACAAAUACCUGGAGGCAGAACCCAAGAUUUUAGGGAAAAAUAUCCUUCAAUAUGAUUUAGCCUACCACUAUGUUUUCUUUAAACUGGGCAUACUUUCUGGCGGUGUAGCAAUAGCAGCGCAGAAUCUUCACCUGCGGACACUCAAGGCUUGUUUGGGAAUGCAGGUGGUCACAUGUGUGGCAUAUACUUUCUGUCUUAUGGGAACAUCUGUUGAGCCAGAUCCACACCUUAUUGGCUGCUGGCAUCAUAAUGACAGCGAGAUAACACAUGAAAAUGACACAUGUAUACGAUUAGAGUGGUUACCUACCAAAAGUGGUGCAAAGAAGGACCGGUGUCAGGGUCAUGGACACCCAAGGCUCAUGGACGCCCAAGAAGGGAUUGAUCUACUGUAUUCAUUAGAUGAGCUGACGGAGGUGACUCAGAUUGUCCUCUCUGUCACACUAGCUGCAUACUGCUGCAAGGUGAUUCCUUGCUGCACUCCCAGAUCUCAUGUGCCUGUCAUCGUUAUGACGCCACCCACAACUCCGCAAUGAAAGUGAGAGUGUGUGCAUCUAAAAAGACUAAUAUUACUAAUAAAUCUCAAUCUUAGAACACAUUAUUAGAUACAUUAAUACAUUAUACCUUAGUCAAACAUAAUAUCACUAAUAUAUCUCUAUACAAAUAUUUUGAGAACAUAAAAACAUCUAGUCAUUUAACAGCUUUUUAAUAGACUUUUAACAUAAUGUUCAGACUGCAGACCUAUUUAUGAAUUAACAUACUGUACAUGUGUAUAAUUUCCAGUGUGAAUUAAUAUCUUAAUGCAACAUAUAAAACUUGUAAAAAUAGCCUUUUACAGAACAUAUACUUUAAGAAUCAGUUGGUGUAUGGACAUUGUCAAUACUCAAA